AUGGCUAUGGAAGUUGAUCCUGAACACCAGGGUGUUGUCCCGUCAUCUGGCAGCAUACGCAUCUUUGGAUACAAGAUCCCAAGCUAUUCAGCUCCCAUGGUCCAGAUUGUGAUUGUUGGCUUCAUUCUGUUCCUCAAUCCUGGCAUGUAUAAUGCCUUGGCUGGGCUUGGAGGUGCUGGACAAGUCGAUCCCACUGCUCAGAACAAUGCAGGUAUUGCUCUACACACGACCUUUGCAGUGAUCGGCUUUGUGGUGGGAAUCGCACACAACUUCCUUGGUACAAAGUGGACCAUGGCAAUAGGCGGAAUCGGUUACUGCGUCUAUUCAGCCGCUUUCUUGUGUUACAACCAUACUCAGAAUGAGGGAUUCGUCAUAUUUUCCGGCGCUCUGCUUGGAUUUUGUGCUUCGUUCCUCUGGUGCGCACAAGGUGUGGUGAUGAUGUCGUACCCUACUGAGUCGCAGCGAGGCCGAGCCAUCUCCAUCACUUGGUUAUUGUUCAAUCUUGGGGCCGUUAUAGGGGCAGCCGUCUCGUUGGGUCAAAAUUGGAAGGUCAAGGCUGGUCAUGUCACAGACGGCACUUACGUCGGCUUCAUCGUGCUCGAGGCCGCCGGUGCUCUCCUCUGCUGCUUCCUCGUACCCAGUGAAAGGAUCAUUCGAAGCGACGGGACAAAAGUGCAGAGGGUCAUUCAUCCGGGUCUCAAAUCCGACAUUCUGGGCCUAUACACCACCCUCGUCUCAGAUCCGUGGGUUCUGUUACUUUUCCCCAUGUUCUUUGCCUCUAAUUACUUCUACACGUAUCAGUUCAACGGCAAAAUCACAGAUGUCAACGCCUACUAUUUCUCCACGAGGACGAGAGCCUUCAACAACAUCUUCUACUGGAUAUCGCAAAUCAUUGGCGCUGCUGCUUUUGGUGCCUUCCUUGACUGGACCCGUCUCAGCCGUCGCGUUCGGACGCUUACGGCGUGGAGCAUCAUAUUUACGUUGGUUAUGGUCAUCUGGGGCGGUGGAUUUGUAUUCCUGCAAAAGACGAAUCGUGCCGUGAAGGGACCUGAGAUGGAUCUAUUCGACACUGAUUACGUCUGGUAUCUUUUCCUCUACAUGGCAUAUGGUCUGCUGGACUCCCUUUGGCAGGUUUUCUGCUACUACACCAUGGGAGCCAUGUCCAAUGAUCCGCGCAAGCUUGCCUACUAUGCGGGCUUCUACAAGUCCAUUCAAGCCGUUGGCGCCACUACCAUCUCGAAGCUCGAUGCAGAAAAAGCACCGUUCAGUGUCAAUUUCGGCACCAGCUGGGGAUUGAUGGCCGGUGGAUUAGUGAUUGCACUGCCUCUCUAUGUUUGGCGUCUGCAUGAUACGGAAAUUACAACUGAAGAUUUCGUCGAUGGCAAAGAGUUCGACGCCACCGUUGUGAUCCCCGCAAUUACCGUGGGUGAACACAAAAAUGACGAGAAGACUGUUGUCAGCGAGAAGGGUGCUGCUCGUUGA